CAUACUCUUUUGGUACCUCACCGCCCUACCAGCAUACCCAUUGAUGCCUUUUGCACGCAACCCAAGGCGGAUACAGUCCUGAUAGCCCCCGCCUAUCGCCUAGAAAUAUAAAAAAAACACUGAAUGGCCCAAGACCCUCACAGCUUUAAUCAAUUCGAUGAGCGUCUCAGCACUCUGCGCGCGCAGCGCCAGCUACGCAACCUGACGGUGUUCCGCGUAAUCGUCGCCAUGCAGGAGCUUUUGUUCCAGUACAUCGAGGUAUCGACCAACACAGGGUGCCGGAUUCUGACCACCCUGGCGCUGCUGGUGUUUAUCUACGUAAUGCCCAAGUCAGCGCGGUGGAUCCGCAUCUCGAUGGUCAUUGUAUGCGCAGCUCUGUCGGUCGUGCCUGAGUGCUUUCCGCUGUUCAUUCCGCCCAGCGCCAUUGGCAUCCAGUCUGGUUCACUUCCUACGUCUGGGAUUCUGCUGGCGACCAUAGUCGGUAUAGUCAGCAUGGCAAUAACCCUGGCCGGACUGUCGGACUCGACACUGUACAUGGAACAGCGACGGCACCGGACCAGCGUGCUGGUCGUCCGCACAUUGAAGUCGGUCGUGUGGUUUCCGGUCAUCCCGAUUGUGGCCCUGGGGUUCACGACUGCGUACUCGAUUGUGCAGUACAAGACCGGGAGAAGGACCCACUCCAUGGAAUGUUGCCGACCAGGUAUUGCAGUUCUUGGCAGAGCGGCGGUGCCGCUGGAGUUGGUGUCUGGGGAGAUGGAGAGCCGGCUGUCGCGCAUGGAGCUGCACACCUUUGUUCGUUGAUAGAUUAUCGUUUUCAUGUAAAUUAUGUAAUUUUCGGUGGUUUGUUUAUCGAGUGACUGGCAUGUGCCGCUUGUGCGCCUGCCCGCCACUCACUCUACACAGGCUCUGCCCAUGCACAUCACCUACAUUGUGCAUGCCUGGCGUGUACAAUGCUCGACCCGGUAAUAGCGCGACAUCCUCCUAUAUUCUGUCGUUCUCUGGCCCAAGCUUGGUAGCAGCACGCAAAAUUUGCGGUUCCUUUUAUUUUGCUGCAGCAAGCACGCCAGCCCAGGUCCAAUGCCCCUCCUUUUCUGCUUCACCCGGAGCCGUCGAUCUGCAAUCACAAAUGGACAAUCGGAUGCACCGCAUAUUGGUGUGCUUCAUAUGUGCGGAGCUGCGAUUCGCCAGCGCUCCACCGUGGAUGUGCCUGAAAAAACCUAGUGUUUACGUAUUUGCCCAGGCAAAUCCUCCAUCUGCACGGUUGCUUUGGGGUGAGAAACGGAUCCCA